AUGUUACAAAAUCAAUCCACAUCACAUGAUGAAAUAGACCUUGAACGUCAAGCGGGGUUAGUUUUAGAUGCAACUGUAAUCAUAAAAACUAGAAACAUGUCGAUAAUCAGAUUGUUAAAGGCAAAAGCUCGUCAUCCCGCCUUAGAUCAAACAAUUGUUUCCACCUCUUUACCUAAAAUAGUUUCAAAUUUUAAUGAAUUGGAUCAAAUUGCAUGGGUUGCAACUUCUUAUCUACUCACAACGACUUCUUUUCAACCAAUCUAUGGAAAAUUAUCUGAUAUUUUUGGUCGCAAAACAACAUUCUUAGUUGUAAUUGUCAUUUUUGAAUUGGGCAGUUUGUUAUGUGGUUUUGCCACCAAUAUGGCUUCGAUGAUAAUAUUCCGUGCAAUUGCUGGUAUCGGAGGUGGUGGUAUCAUUGGGUACGCCUUCAUUGAUGUAUUGAUUUAUAUUGUUGGCUCUAAAGAUCAGGGAAAAUACCAGGGCAUUAUUGGUACAUGCUUUGGUGUUGCUUCUGUAGUAGGCUCUCUCAUGGGUGGUGCUUUUGCUGAUUGUGUUAGUUGGAGAUGGUGUUUCUCCAUCAAUCUUCCUUUAGGUGCAAUAACAAUAAUCGUUGUAGUUAGGUUUCUUCACUUGCCAACACCAACCGGUUCAUUACUUGAUAAAAUUAAGAGAGUUGAUACUAUCGGCACCAUUGUAAUGAUCUCAUCAACUGUUUGUAUCGUAUUAUUUCUCAAUUGGGGUGGCAGUACUUAUCCUUGGAACAGUCCCGUGAUCAUAAUACUUUUAUGCGUCGGCGCAUUCGGUUACAUAAUAUUCGGUCUUAUUGAGUAUUAUAUCGUUACUGAACCCAUUGCUCCACCACGUUUAUUUAAAAAUCCUAAUGUAGUCUCAUGUUUCCUCACAAGCUUUUUCCAAGGAAUGGUAUUUUUUAGUUAUGUUUUUUAUGUACCACUUUACUUCCAAGUAGUAAAAGCAGCUACACAAUCCGGCUUAGAUUUCAUGCCUUAUAUUCUUGUUGUAGAAGCUUUCUCAAUCCUAUCCGGUCAACUAUUCUCUCGAACAAACAAAAUACGGUUUCGAUUAGUGAUUCUAAUUGUUUUGUCAUUGACAAUAAUCGGUGCCGGAUUAACCGCUAUGUGGAAAGUAAAUACUGGAUAUGAUGAAUUUAUAGAAUACAUGUUAAUUGGUGGUGCUAGAAUUGGUGCAAGUAUUCAAUCUAUUAUAUUAUGCGUUCAUGGAUUGGUUGAGCCGAAGGAUGUAGCUUCUGUUAUUACAUUAUCAUUAUUCUUUAGGAGCAUUGGGACUGUUUUUGGAAUUGCAAUAUCAAAAGCAGCAUUUAAUGAUAGACUUUCUCAAGAAUUAAGUACUUUAACUUUUUCAACACAAUCUGUAUAUACUAUACAAUCAUUACCACCAUAUACACGGCCAUUGGUCAUUCACGCUUAUGUGGAAUCAUUUCAAUUCACCUUUACGCUUAUCAUACUAUAUGGUGCUAUUUCAGCGUUGUUUAUGGGAAAUA